AUGAAAAGUACAUAUUUAAUCAAAGAUGUUAUUUAUGAGAAGAACCAAGAGAGAUAAUUUUAAUUUCAUAAGAACAAGUUAAAGGAGAUACUUACAUAACCUUUGUAAUUGAAUUCGGAGGGGAUUAUGUAAAAAUUAAAACACAAGCAUGAAUAGAUGAAAUUAACUCAAUAAUUCUAAACUCAAGAAUAAAACAUAGAAAAAUCUAGAAUAGACAAGAACUUAAUGUUAAAACUAUUAAACAACAAUAAUAAAUCAAUUAAUGGUGCAUAAUCAACAACACGUUCAAUUAAUAGAAAUUCUAAAAUCAAUAUGUAUUUGAACACAAUAAAUAAUGAAAACAAAAGCCUUGCAAUUAGAAUAUAUUCACUACCAUCAGUAAUUAAUUCUUAGAGACACCAACAAGAAUAUUAGAACCAUAAAUCUGACCUAAAAAUUAUGUAGAGAUUCCACAAAUAAAAAUUGUAUUCAAAUUAGGAUCUCAUGACUCAAUAAAUUUAAACCAUAUUAGGAAAGGGAUUUGAAGGAUCAAAAUAUUAGAACUUGAAUUUUCUCAAACAAAUUGGAAAACAAAACAAAGUCUUAUUUUUAACUCCACUCUAAUUGAGAUUGUUUUCAAAGUUAAGUAACAAUAACAAUAAUCCACCUCAUUUCUAAUUGAAAGCAUUUAAUGAAUCUAAAUAUUUGGGAGAAUCUAAAUCCUUAUAGCUUAAUGAUUUUCUUGGUUCUUUAUUUGGAAUUGUAGUUUCAUAAGAUGUUUAUACAAUUAAAUUUACGCUUUAUAAAAUUAAACAAAACGAGGAUUUUGAGUUAGGACACUUUCUCUUCACUGAAUCUGCUUCCCCAAUAAAAACAAAGUAAUUAAGAGAGAACUUGUAAGCCUAAAUCAAUGAUCCAAUCGAAUGCUAUGUAAAAAAGGAGAUAAACAACGAGCAGAUUUGUGUGGGAUUAUUUGAAUACUAGAUAAUUUAAUUUUGUUAUUGUGUAAAUAAAAAUCCAUAAAUAAAGAAGGACAAUUUGUUAUAACCAUAAUAUCUAAUUGAAGUUGUAUAACCAUCCCCAUAAAAAUCAGCUUAAAAGAGUUUAUCUGAAAUGGAUAAAUUGUAACUAGAUUGA